UUGUGAUGGAGAGUAUGGAGGAGACAGCACUGAUGGUCCAGGGCUAGGCUGCGAGCUGUCGUGUUCUGCUUAGACUGGGGCAGAAGGGGCAGCAGGGAGGGUCCGAGAGGGGCAGAAGGGGGAGACUGGGCGGGAGGAAGGCUUGUUGGAGUGCUGAAGGAGAGCAGCUCCGGUAAGGGUGGAAACAGAGCAGCUGGGAAACUGAUGCUGAGUCAGAGACAGGUGGACCAGCGGCCUUUUGUCUGUGGAGCCUCCAGCCAGCCAAGAUGGAGGAGCUGGAACACACCUGCCCCCAGCCUCGCACGAUCUCUGGAUGAUGCUACAAUUGUUUUUUCCCCCCAAAGCUCAGGAUGAGUGCAAAGACACUCAUAGAGCCUGCUAUAUUCGCCAAAGAGACAAGCUGCGAGUGUCGAGCUCCCCAUGAGAAACUGACUGUUGACCAGGCCCGGCUUGGCACCCCUGUGGACAGGCCUGUGCGUGUGUAUGCAGAUGGAAUCUUUGACCUUUUCCAUUCUGGUCAUGCCCGCGCUCUGAUGCAGGCCAAGAAUCUCUUCCCCAAUUCAUAUCUUAUAGUUGGAGUGUGCAGUGAUGAGCUCACCCACAAAUACAAGGGCUUCACGGUGAUGACAGAAGAUGAACGGUAUGAAGCUUUGAGGCACUGCCGUUAUGUGGAUGAAGUGGUGCGUGACGCGCCCUGGACGCUAACUCAGGAGUUCCUGGAGAAACACAAGAUUGACUUUGUUGCACAUGAUGAUAUCCCAUACUCCUCAGCUGGAUCUGAGGAUGUGUACAAGCAUAUUAAGGAAGCAGGUAUGUUUGUGCCCACUCAAAGGACAGAGGGGAUUUCUACAUCUGACCUGAUCACUCGUAUAGUGAGGGACUACGAUGUCUACGCCAGACGCAACCUGCAGAGAGGAUACACGGCCAAGGAGCUGAAUGUCAGCUACAUCAAUGAAAAGAAAUACCGCUUGCAGAACCAGGUGGACAGGAUGAAGGAGAAGGUGCGAACGGUGGAGGAGAAGUCCAAGCACUUUGUGUACAGAGUCGAGGAGAAGAGCCAUGACCUCAUCCAGAAAUGGGAGGAGAAAUCUCGGGAGUUCAUCGGGAACUUCCUGGAGCUCUUCGGUCCUGAUGGGACUUGGAAGCAGAUGUUUCAAGAACGAAGUGGCCGUAUGAUUCAGGCUUUUUCCCCACAUGGCUCACCCGGCAGCAGCCCACCCAGAGACUUCUCUCCAUCCCGCUCGCCCUCGCCCCCGUCCCGCUGGGCCAUCGCCAGAACCUCUCCUCCCUCCUCCCCGAAAGGUGCCUCCGCCUCCAUGAGCAGCAUGAGCGAGGGUGACGAGGACGAGAAGUGAGGCCAAAACUGUCAUACACUUAUCCAGCACACACACACCCUCUCUUCCUCACCUGUACACUCCUACACACACCGGCAGCAAUGACUAGUUCACACAAGUAUCCUCAUGGGAAUCUAGUGUAAAUAUACUGAAUGCAAUACAGGAUGGAUCGUUUACCUGACGAUAUCGAGUACGAACAAACGAAAGCCAUUGCAAAACCUCUUCUCCUCAGAGAGAGCAGAUUUAAGAGAAAAGGGUUAAAAGAGAGCGAGGACUUUCUGAAUGAUUUGCCCUCUUAUUGCUCAGGUUGGACUGAAAUGUAAAGACUGUAAUAUCAUUGCCUGUAAUAUCACUUUUUGGUCAAAGGUUGUUUGUUUUUUCAGCAUAUUGUCACUGUCUUAUCAAAACCUAAUCUUAAACUGUAAUCCAUAACAUAAACUUUUCUUCUUAUGCUAUUUAGCAUCAAAAGCUGUCCUUUUUACACACUGUGGACAUUUCACAGAGUGGACCAAAAGAAAUGGUCCAAAUUUAAUAAAUUAAUAUGUGAAUAAAAUCAUAUUACAUUAAUAUGCAUCAAAAAUAAUCUUGUUUAUUGCUUUUCCCUAACGCUUCCAUUGUUUUGUUAUGACAGCGAAAAAAUUUCAAGGACAAAUAGCUGUCAAGCAUCACAGCUACUCAAUAUCAUUUCUGUUGCACAGCGCUCUUCAUUAAAGUACAGAACAUAUAUUCAUGGUGUUCUACUGAACGAGUGAAGCUAUUUAAGCACCAACAUUGACAUGAGGGUGUAUUACUGUUACCUCCACAAUCCAAAAAUACUCACUCUGUGAUAAAAUUUACAAUAUAAUCAGGCAAUAUAGGAUCUUGUAUAUCAAGCCUUUUUAGAAAUGCUCAGCCUUCUCAUUUAGUUUUGGUUGCAGAGAAGUUCAUUUGUCUUUUCAAAAUAACUAAACAUUUGAUCCCCUUUUGUGGGAGCAGAGAAACUAUUUUGGUUCCCUGUGAAUUACAGCACUUUCACUGUAAACGAGUAACGGUUAAAAAUAAUCACUGAGCUGUCCACCCUGCUGUGCCCCCUUAUCACCUAAUCACUAGCGCAACGCUGAACUAGAGAUGUCCUAGUAAAUGCACUGUAUGUAAUCUUGCACUCUGUACAAACUUUGAAACGUGUCUUUUUAUUUGUAAUAUUAUUUUCUAUGUAUCAUUGAAAAAAAAUGCCUUCAAACUGUAAAUAAAGAAUAAAAACAUGGAACAACUAAA